AUGAUUCAUGAUUCCAUGAUGUUUCGGGCGAUGCUUGCACUGUGCUUGGCGUCGCACUGCCCGCCAUGCUGCAUCGUACUAGUGGGGCUAGUGGUUGGGAUUGGCAUUGGCUCGCGUGGCAGUGUCGCAGAACGUGCGAUGAUCAUCCUCUCCCUCCUCCUCCACCUCCUCCUCCUCAACAUCCUCGUGAUCGCGCUGACUUUGUUCAACAUCUGUCAGCUGCUCGACCUUCGCGCCUCUGGCCACAGGCGCUAUUUCUUUGACCGUCACCCGGUGGCAGCUAGAGAUUUGGCCAGGGCCUCGUGA